UCACACACACACACACACACAAUCAGAGUAGAGAAACAUUGAACACUGAAAACACACACACAGACACAAAACAAAAACGAAGAAACAGAAGAAACCAGAGACAUUAUGUUGCUUUGCAGACCCAAAAGUGUAUUUUUGCUUCUGGGUUUUCUUUUUUCUUUCCUUUUGAUUAUCUUUCAGACCACUGGAACAUCAACUUCAGGGAUCGGUAAAGGAGAAGAUGGAGUAGCUCAAUGGAGGAAAGAUAUCACAGAGAGGGUUCUCGCAGAGGCAACUGGAGAUAAUGCAUCUCUGAUUUUGGCUGCAAAAAGGACCAGAAGACAAGACCCUCUUGAGAAUUUCAAAUAUUACAAUGGCGGAUGGAACAUUAGCAAUAAACACUACUGGGCCUCUGUCAGUUUUACAGCGGCGCCAUUCUUAAUCGUGGGAGCUGUCUGGUUCGUGCUUUUCGGGCUGUGUCUGUGCCUGAUCUGCCUAAGUUAUUGCUGCUGUCCCCGCGAGCCUUAUGGCUACUCCCGGAUUGCUUAUGCCCUCUCCCUUAUUCUCCUCAUUCUCUUCACCAUCGCCGCCAUUGUUGGCUGUGUUUUCCUGUACACGGGCCAAGGGAAAUUUCACGCUAGUACAACCGAUACGUUGGAUUAUGUCGUGAGGCAAGCGAACCUCACGUCAGAAAACCUCAGGAAUGUGUCAGAUUAUCUCAGCGCGGCUAAAAAGGUCGAUGUGGAAUCGACUUUUUUGCCGGCCGGUGUUCAAGAAAGCAUCGACAGAAUACAGGGAAAGAUCAAUUCUUCCGCCACAGCGCUUUCUGACAAAACCAUGGAGAAUCAAGACAAGAUCCAAACCGCCUUGGAUAACAUGAGACUCGCUCUCGUCAUUAUCGCCGCUGUUAUGCUCCUCCUUGCGUUUAUCGGAUUCGUAUUAUCUAUCUUCGGAUUGCAGUGCCUCGUAUACACAUUGGUGAUUGUCGGAUGGAUUCUUGUUACCGGUACCUUCAUCUUGUGUGGUGUAUUCCUUCUCCUCCAUAAUGUCGUUGCGGAUACAUGCGUUGCAAUGGACCAGUGGGUCCGGCACCCGACGGCUCACACGGCUCUGGACGAUAUUCUUCCGUGCGUGGAUAACGCCACCGCGAAAGAGACGUUGGAUCGGACGAGGCUCGUGACAUACCAACUGAUUAACCUCGUAGACACUGCCAUUACCACUGUCUCCAACGGGAACUUCCCGCCCCAAGCCCGACCCUUAUACUUCAACCAGUCGGGUCCUCUCAUGCCGAUCCUCUGUAACCCGUUCAACUCCGAUCUCUCCGACAGGAUGUGUCAGCCUGGUGAGCUCGGUCUGAACAACGCCACCGAGGUAUGGAAGAACUACACUUGCCAGAUUACAACACCAGAAAUGUGCGCUACAACGGGCCGUGUGACCCCGAAGUUCUACAACCAAAUGGCCGCAGCGGUCAACAUAAGCUACGGAUUAUACCGUUACGGACCGUUCUUGGCGGAUUUGCAAGACUGUGACUUUGUGAGAUCGGCGUUUACCGAGAUACACAACGAUCAUUGCCCGGGUCUGUGGAAAUACACGCUGUGGAUCUACGUCGGUCUCGUUCUUGUUUCCGCAGCCGUGAUGCUCUCUCUUGUUUUCUGGGUCAUCUAUGCCCGCGAAAGGAGGCACCGGGUUUACACGAAGGAUUUCAACGCUCAGCAUCCGCAUGAUGUCCGAGAGAAGUGACCGUACGAGAUGUCGGAUAAGGGGUUUGGGUUUCGUGGUUUGGGGUUUUUCGGGUUAGCGUUUUGCUUCAAUAACAGCUUUCAUCUACAGUGCUUUCUUUUGUUUCAUCUCUGUUUCUGCCUUAUUUCGGCUUUUGGUACAUUUCUUCGAAGAUGGGUUAUUUGUCAAGCUCAAAAAUCGACCGUUAGGUGGUCAACGUUAGCGUU